AUGACUCCGAUCGGACUUCUGGAAAUUCUGCCUCCUCAGCCACACACCGCCACGCUGGUCCCCCUCUUUUAUGACGCCUGGUAUCGUAUUGUCACGUUGGCCCCUGCGCUGCCAACUUUCCCGGAGGUUCGUCCAGUUUGUCCAAGCAGGCCACGCGCCGCAGCUGUUGUGAUGGUAAAAGCUCACUGCGAUCGCUCACUGCGAUCAUUCAAAGACACAAUUGAUUUCCCUGACUCCAAGACCCCCUUCGACCUCCACACCAACAUUCCCGUCCGUGAUAUUCUCUUUUGGGAGCAUUGA